UGCAGCAACGUGCAUCAAUUCGUUUUGACCCCAGAGUUAAUCUGCAUUCAGAUUGACGCUCCCAUAUAUUUAUCAGUUGCUGGAUUUUAGGCUAUUCCGUUGCCGCUGUAUUUAUGUAGUUGUUACUAUUAUUUCUUAAAAUCGGGGAAGCUUGCUUCGAUUCAAACGGUUUUGUGGUCGUUUUCCUCAACACCGCAGAGGGUCUACAUUUUCCGAACCGAACGCUAACACGAGCCGCUUAGCCUAUGCUAUGUGCGUAAUGUACCACAGUGAGGAUAGACAGUAGUCCAUCUGCAAUAAAGAGGAAAAGGAGAUGGUGAUCAUUGCUCCUCCAAAUUUAGAAUCUAAAUGCUCGACAGCGAUGGCGAAGCCUUCCUUCUCUCUAAAGCUAUUUCUUUGGGUGUUUGUACUCGCUAAUCUUCCUACAAGCUCCCUGCAGACUGAAAAUGACGAUGAUGUGACAAACAAAACGUGGGUGUUGACUCCCAAAGUGUACGAGAGCGAUGUCACCAACAUCCUAAACAGCCUACUAGAUGGCUACGAUAACAAACUGCGACCAGAUAUAGGAGUCAAACCAACCGUGAUCCACACGGACAUGUUUGUCAACAGUAUCGGCCCAGUGAAUGCUAUCAAUAUGGAGUACACCAUCGACAUAUUUUUUGCCCAGACAUGGUACGACCGGAGGUUAAAGUUCAACAGUACCAUGAAGGUAUUGCGUCUCAACAGCAACAUGGUGGGCAAGAUCUGGAUCCCUGACACCUUCUUCCGCAACUCCAAAAAGGCCGACGCCCACUGGAUCACCACACCCAAUCGUAUGCUCCGGAUCUGGAACGACGGACGGAUACUUUACACACUGCGGUUGACUAUUGAUGCCGAGUGCCAGCUUAAACUGAACAACUUCCCAAUGGAUGAGCACUCCUGUCCGCUGGAGUUUUCGAGCUAUGGCUACCCCAGAGAGGAGAUAGUGUACAAGUGGAAGAGGAGCUCCGUGGAGGUGGGAGACAUCCGCUCCUGGAGGCUCUACCAGUUCUCCUUCGUUGGCCUGAGGAACACCAGCGAGAUCGUCAGGACCGUGUCGGGAGAUUACGUUGUGCUGACAGUCUUCUUCGACUUGAGCAGAAGGAUGGGUUACUUCACCAUUCAGACCUACAUCCCCUGCACUCUCAUCGUUGUCCUCUCCUGGGUCUCCUUCUGGAUCAACAAGGAUGCUGUGCCUGCUAGAACAUCCUUAGGCAUCACCACUGUGCUGACCAUGACUACGCUGAGUACCAUAGCCAGGAAGUCGCUGCCUAAGGUGUCCUACGUGACGGCCAUGGACCUCUUUGUGUCCGUAUGCUUCAUCUUCGUCUUUGCCGCGCUGAUAGAAUACGGAACACUGCACUACUUUGUAAGCAACAGGAAGCCAAGCACAAAAAAGGACAAGAAGAAGAAAAACCCGCUCCUCCGGCUCUUUUCCUCAAAGCAGACCCCUACGGUGGACAUACGGCCUCGCUCAGCCACCGCCAUCCAGAUGAACAACGCCACCCACAUGCAGGAGCGAGAUGAGGAGUAUGGCUACGAGUGCCUGGACGGCAAGGACUGCACCAGCUUCUUCUGCUGUUUCGAGGACUGCCGCUCCGGGGCCUGGCGGCAUGGGCGGUUGCACAUCCGUGUCGCCAAGAUAGACUCGUACGCUCGCAUCGGUUUCCCCACCGCUUUCGGUCUCUUUAACCUUGUUUACUGGAUCUCCUAUCUCUAUCUCUAGAUCCAGCGUGUAGCCAGACUUAUAAUAUACGUUCUGCUCCAACGAGACCAUUUUUAAGAAGGGACCCACUGAAAUGUUUUCCUUUUAUUUUUGUUUCUGUUUGAUUUCAUUGUUUGUUUAUUAGUAUUUUUUUUUAAGCAAAAGUUGUAGCAGACCCAAUAGGCAUGCAGGGAUCUGGAGUCCGAUAGUGGAACUACGACUGUGCUUUGGGUAAGCAAGAACCUAAGCUCACCGUAGUGAUUCUGCAUGACUACGUUUCCCAGAUUCCCCUUGGUCAGGUAUUGGUUUAUGUAGAAGUUAUACACUGUCAGGGCCGCUUCAAUGUUUUAUGUGUAUCUGCCCUUAGUCAGCAUACAUAGAUCACAGUAAAACUUUUCAUGGUAAACAUACUUCAUUCAAACUGAAAAAGGCAGUUUCCUGUUUUUUUGUAUUAACAAGUCACGCAUGUGCUACAGAAGACAAAUGUCAGAUUUGACAUCAGCUUAUUUUCCCAUGUUUUUUUUAUUGCUGUAGUCAUCAGUCCAAAAUACAAAAUAAGCUAAAUCUAAAGCACUUUAAUAGUUAUAUAGGUUGAACAGUAAGUAUGAUUUUACAUUUUACUUUGAUGUUUCGUUCAGCUAACUGUUAAACAUUACUUUAGCAGUGUUAAACAUUGCUUUAGCAGUGUUAAACAUUGCUUUAGCAGUGUUAAACAUUACUUUAGCACUGUUAAACAUUACUUUUCUUCAUGUGUGGUCAGAGCGCUAGAAAAUACUGUUUAUGGUCGACUGUACAGACACUGUGUAUAUAUAUAUUAUUAUGUAGUGGUUUACAUUUAUUGCAUGCACCUUUCAGGCCAAAAUUCAACACGUUUUAAGGUCUUCUAUUGUUGGCUAUGGAUGCAAAAAAAGAACACGGCUUAUUAUUAA